AUGCGGGCAGGACUGUACCUGACUGCCAUCUACCUGGGUGUGCGCAGCCGUCAGAGCGGUGAGACGCAGCGUUGGCGUUACCACUGGAGGAUGAUCUACCAGUUUGCUGACGUCAGCAUGCUGCACCUGCUGGCCACCUUCCUGGAGAGUGCUCCGCAACUGGUGCUGCAGUUGUGCAUCGUCAUCCAGACCCAGGAGCUGCUGGCCGUGCAAGGCAUGACGGCGGGCGCCUCCCUGGUGUCUCUGGCCUGGGCCCUGUCGUCGUACCAGAAGGCGCUGAGAGAGUCCCGCGACGACAAGAAGUCCAUGGGCUACCUGGCCGUGGUGGUCCAGUUCUGCUGGCACUUCUUCACCAUCGCGGCCAGAGUGGUGACCUUCGCCCUGUUUGCGUCCGUCUUCCAACUCUACUUUGGCAUCUUCAUCGUGCUGCACUGGUGCGUCAUGACCUUCUGGAUCGUGCACUGUGAGACCCACUUCUGUGUCAGCAAGUGGGAGGAGAUCGUCUUCGACAUGGUGGUGGGCAUCAUCUACAUCUUCUCCUGGUUCAACGUCAAGGAGGGACGCACCAGGUGUCGUCUGUUCAUUUACUACUCUGUGAUCCUGGGGGAGAACGCCGCCCUCAGUGCAUUGUGGUACGUUUACCGCGCUCCCGCCGCCACCGACUCCUUGGCGGUGCCGGCGCUGUGCGUCAUCUUCAGCAGUUUCCUGACGGGGGUGCUGUUCCUGCUCAUGUACUACGCCUUCUUUCACCCCAACGGCCCGCGCUUCCCGCACUCGCCCAGCCGCCAGCGCCUGGACCCGGACGCCGCCGCCCACUUCUCCGCGCUGCCGUCCGAGGGCGCCGCCGACUCCCUGCGCUCCAACCCGGGCACCGCCGCCACCACGCUGGAGCGUGACGCCAAGCACUCGGAAAGGGACGGCUGCGUGCCGGUGUUCCAGGUGCGACGCGCCGUGCCGUCCACGACGUUGUCUCGCGCUCCUCGCCUUGAGGAGACGGUCAUCAAGAUCGACCUGUGCAGGAACCGCUACCCGGCCUGGGAGCGCCACGUCCUGGACCGGGGCAUACGCAAAGCCAUCCUGGCCAUCGACUGCUCCGUGACGCCGCGCCUGCAGUAUAAGGAUGACGCUCUGGUCCAGGAGAGGUUGGAGUACGAAACCACGUUGUAGUGAGCAGCAACGACGACUCUAGCAAUAAAAGGUUCCUACUGGUCUGAAAGAAGAUGGUGGACCUGCUCUCUGCUCUCAGGAGAGGAGAAUAUUUUUUUUUUUUACCGAGUCUCAUCAGGGAAGUCCUGUGGGAUACAAGCCAAAACCUGAGACCAUGUGUUGAUCCAGGUUGGUCGGGGUCAGCACAUCCAGGAUAAGUUGUUGGAUUCAGACCCUGAGAGAACACUUUGACCUAGGUUGGUUGGGGUCAACACCUCCAGGAUAAGUUGUUGUUGGAUUCAGACCCUGAGUGGAUAUUUUGAUUGAGGUUAGUCGACUCGGGAUCAGCACAUCCAGGAUAAGUUGCUGUUGGAUUCAGACCCUGAGAAGAUAUAUUGAUCCAGGUUGGUCGACUCGGGAUCAGCACAUCUAGGAUAAGUUGCUUUUGGAUUCAGACCCCAUGCGGAUAUGUGGUUCCAGAUUGGUUGACUCGGGAUCAACACAUCCAGGAUAAGUUGCUGUUGGAUUCAGACCCUGAGAAGAUAUAUUGAUCCAGGUUGGUCGACUCGGGAUCAGCACAUCUAGGAUAAGUUGCUCUUGGAUUCAGACCCUGAGAGGAUAUUUUGAUCGAGGUUAGUCGACUCGGGAUCAACACAUCCAAGAUAAGUUGCUGUUGGAUUCAGACCCCGAGAGGAUAUGUUGAUCCAGAUUGGUCGACUCAGGGUCGACACAUCCAGGAUAAGUUGCUGUUGGAUUCAGACUCUGAAAGGAUAUGUUGAUCCAGGUUGGUUGGGAUCACCACAUCCAGGAUAAUUUGUUGGAUUCUGUUCCUGCUCUCAGUGCCAAAAAACCUUCUGCUGGUUUUCCCACAAGUGUCGACUUUUUAAGAUCCUGAACCAGAAGAAAAAACUCCAACAUCUUGAAAGAACUACAGUAUCUCAUUUUAACUCAUAAGAAUCCACUUUACAGGUCUUCAACUGGAGGUGCGGGACCCGCGUUCGUGCUCAUAGACUUAGAUUGGUCACAUCUAGUCUUAGACUUGGAUUGGUCACAUCUAGUCUUAGACUUAGAUUGGUCACAUCUAGUCUUAGACUUAGAUUGGUCACAUCUAGUCUUAGACUUAGAUUGGUCACAUCUAGUCUUAGACUUAGAUUGGUCACAUCUAGUCUUAGACUUAGAUUGGUCACAUCUAGUGUUAGACUUAGA